AAGUCGAUAACGUCGCUUAUCCCUUGGCAUAAAAAUGCCUAACCGGCGGAUUUUAGACGUCCCCUUUUAACUCUAAUCGUGUCGUCGAAAGAGUUCGUAUAUAAAUAGGUCGGGUUGUCGCGUAGAAAAUUCUGACAGAACGUAUCCGUCACGAAAAUAAUGUCGUUUUUAUUACAUUUUUUGAUAAAUUAUUAUUCUAGUUUCGAUCCGGCGGCGGCGGCUUUAUCGAUUUUCCUAUUUACCGCGUCAUUGUAUAUUGUACAUUUUCGAAAGACCAACGUCUCGGUGUCUAAUAAGCGCUUUCGAAAAUCGUUUUAUAAUAUUUUUGUCGUAGCGAACGGACGUCGGGCACGCAGUAAAUUAGUUAUAAUUCCAUUCAUUACAGACUACAGUGUAAUUUAAAGUUGAAAUAUGGGUUAGCAGCCCCUACGUGGUGAUGACAUGCUAUGUUCCGAUGUUUGAACAGUGUAACUAUAGUGAAAUAUAUAUUUUGUUUUUCUAAGUUGUGUCUAGUGCAUUCCUUUUGUGAAAGUUAAUAGUAGAAUUUUCUUCGUUUUUUUUUUGUGUUUCGCUGUUUGGUUUGUGUAUUGGAUGUGCGAAUGUGGAUUUACAAACGUUCCUAUAUUUCCCGUAUCAUGGGAUCCACCGACGGACAACAUUCCAACAACCCCUAGUAUAUUAUAUAUAUGUAGAAAAUAUUCGCUCGACUGACUGUGCGUUGGUUGGCGAUCGACCAAAAUUUUUGUACCAAAAAACCAAAGUGCUAUUAGGUAGUAAGUGACCAUGGUGCCCCAGCAGUACUGCCUGCGGUGGAAGCACCACCACUCCAAUGUGCAGAGCAUGUUCGCGCAGCUGCUCGAGAAAGAACGCUUCUGCGACGUGACGCUAUACUGCUCGCCGAGCUUCGCGACGCAAGUGCCCAACAAGGACACGGUGGAGCCGCAGAACAUACGCGGGGUGUCGCUCAGGGCGCACAGGGUGGUGCUCGCGGCGUGCUCGGAGCUGCUCGGCGCGCUGCUCGGCGCGCACGACGCGCUCGGCGAGCCGGUGCUGGUCAUCGACGGCGCCGAGCCGCGGCACCUGCGCGCGCUGCUCGACUACAUGUACACCGGCGAGAUGAACGUGCAUCACUCCCAACUGGCCGGUCUGCUGAAGACGGCCGAGGAGUUGCGAAUAAAGGGCCUCACGGAUAUACGAUGGAACAACAAGGAUGAACCGCCUGACUGUGCUACAGGCGCAGUCACGACGACGCCUCACGAGAGAACGCAGCAAGACAAGACAAACGACACACAAAAACAUGAAGCCAACAAAACAGACAGGCUCACCGACGCCAAGGCAGACGUCAAAACGCCCGACGUCAAGCCGCAGGACGUCAGGCCGCCGAGCGUCAAAGCGGUGAACGUCAAAACGCCAGACAGGACGCAGGACGUCAAGACGAACGUCAAGAAUGUAGAGACGUCGCCGAGUAAGAUCCUUCCGGACAACGGAUCAGAUUGCAGCUCGCCGGAGCGGGAGGUCAAAGACAUGGACUAUCGCGAACCGGUUGCGGAGAAGUUUAAUGUCAAUGGAGGCCCCCCUCCGCUGAUCAAAUUACCCACCAAGGAGAAAUUGUCUAGUCCUAUUAAGAGGGAUAUUUGUGACAGGGACAGUCCGAGUCCUAAGCGACAGAGGCUAGCGAGCGGCACCGACCACACGGACGACGAGAACAGCAGCCAUUUGAAGACUGAAAGAGAUCCAGAAUGGAGGCAUGGCAACCUGGACAUAACAGCGGAGCGGGUGGUGGGGUGGGGCGCGGGGGAGGAGGAGGCGCACUGGUCGCGCGACCAGUCGGACGACGAGUGGGCCGACCCGCCCGCCGACAUCGGCUCCUUCCUGCGCACCAAGCUGCGCGUCGACGGCGACAAUAGCGGAGACGAGGAGUCGGACGGCAGCGCGUGCGGCGCGGUCGCGCAGGCGUCGUCCUCCUCCUCCACCACCAGCACCGCGCACAUUGACUACAUCAAACCCGGCAAACACGGCGUGGUGGACCCUCGUUUCAUGGACGUGGUGAAGUUGAACGACUACCUGCAGCACGGCAGGCGGCCGCAGUUCUGGGAGGAGAACUACGUCAAACGGGUGAUGGAGGCGGUGAGGGUGAAGGAGUUGGAGAUGAAGCAGGCGGCGGAGAUCCUGGGCGUGAGCUACGGCACGCUGUACGGCCGCUACCGGGACGUGUACGGCUGCAUCAACAGGCCCUACAGGACGGCGCGCGAGUUCUGGCAGGCGAAGGGUCCGUCGGGCGUGCUGGACCGGCUGCAGCGCGGCGACCUCGGCAUAGAGGCCGCCGCCCUCGCGCUGGGGGUCAUGCCCGCCAACCUCGCCGCCUACGUCGCCGACGCGGCUGAGAAAGGUCCCGAGUUCGAGAUACCGCUGGAGCUGGACGCCGGCGUGAAGAUGCGAGGUCGCCCCUACGGCUCCACCAACUCCACCAAGCACGCCAAGAAACAGGACAAGGCGCCGGGCAAGAAGGUGGUCGUGGGCAGCUUAACUGACGAGGACCCGAUACCGGCCAGCGUGAUCACUACCCAGGAGAAGGCGAUAUCGUCACAGCCCGCCCCCAGCGGCAAAUGGCCCACCAUCCGCGUGGCAUCGUUGGACUCGCUGCGCGGCACGGAGCAGCCGCCGUCGCCGCCCGCCGGCCCGCCCUCGCCCGCGCCCUCGCCCUCGCCCUCGCCCUCGCCCUCGCAGCUCAUGCGCACGCGCCCCGACCUCACCAUAGUGGCCGCGCGCCGCAGCGACUCGUGACACGCCCAGUAAGCCCGCCUCGGUGACGUCACUGACAGCGUUGACGCGACCUACGUCACAAUUGUUGCGUUGUGAACAAAACAUCCUCGCCCUCGUCUUUGACGUCGCCGACAACCUCGCCCUUGACUUCGCCGACGACCUCACCGACGAUCCCGCCGACGACCUCGGCGACAACAUAGCCGAUUACCUCGUCCUUGACGCCGCCGAUGGCCUCGCCGACGACCUCGCCGAUGACCUCGUCGACGAUCUCGCCGACGACCUCGCCGACAAUAUCGCCCUUGACGUCGCCGACGAUCUCGUCGUUAACUUCGCUGACGACCUCGCCGAUGACCUCGCCCUUGACGUCGCCGACGACCUCGCCGUUGACGUCAUCGACGGACUUCACCAGCAACAACAAUCGCUGUUGAAUUCGACGUCGACGUCGUCGUAGUGGCCGCGAGACGUGACUACUCGUAACAUAACGUCAGUGACGUCAAUGACACAUGACACAAACCACGUCACAAUCAUAUACAGAUAACACAAGAAAAGAGGUUUUAUUUUGAAUUGUUAUUUUUCGCAUACAUUUUCAUAAAUUUUCGAAAUGAACUGUUAAACAAACACAAAUAAACAGCUGUCAUAACGCGUGCUACUAAAUUGUCUAAGUAGCAAAUAUGUAGUAGCACGCUUUUUAUUUGCUACCUUGAAUCGCAAUCGCAAAAAUGGGGUUUCUACUUAUUCGCAAAUAUACUUCGGAUUUUCUAAAAUCAAUGACUUGUCAAAUACAUGAUUAGUAAAUAGUUGUAUUUACACGCGCGCUACUAAGUUCUCUAAGUAGUAAAUGAUGUCAUGAUACUAUUUGCUACUUACGAAAAAAUUAUUAAUAAAUUGCUUAUAUAUUUUCGAAAUUUUUAGAACGAACAAUGAAGUGUCAAACAAGAGGAUAGUUGACUCAUAUCAAAUUUAAUAUAAACAAUAUUAUUUUCAUAUAAUAUGAAAUAAGGGUUCGAAAUAUAUCGACAUCAAUUAAUAAAAGUUAAGGAUUUCAUUGAAAACUCAAUUUAAAAAUUAUGCAUUUAUUAAUUUUUUCCAAACGCUGUCGUCCAUUUUGUGACGUCACUUGAUGUCACUAAGAAUAAACGUCAAACUAAUUAUUUAGUUAAAAACUUCGUUUGGUUAAGGUUUAGUGUUUAAGUGACGUCAUGAAACAUUUAAUAUAUAUACCAUCAUGGCGGAUAGCAUUUUGGCAAAAAAGUAUUAGAAAAUUAAAAUUUUGCAUGUUAAUGUCUUAAAAAUUUUUUUUUUUUUUUUCAAUCUAGUCGAAUAUAAAUAAAUAAAUAAAGUAUCAGCUAGCCUAUUACAAUAAACGAACUUGUUUGUAUUUGAUGUUUAUGUAUUUACACGCGUGCUACUAAUUUGUCUAAGUAGUAAAUGAUGUCAUGAUACUGUUUGCUACUUACGAAAAAACGUCUUUGAGCAUGUUUAAAAAAAAAAAAAAAUUUGUCGACAAACGAAUUGUCAAAAUUCGUGUAAAUAAUAACAAAAUAUAGCUGACCAAAUUGUAAUAUUAAAAAAAAUAUAUAGUUAUAAUAUAUUAUGUACCGGUAUAUAUUAUAUAAAUGAUAUAUUGUGUAUAUUAUCGAAUAAUAUAUUAAUGAUUGACAGUAUUUGAAUUGAAAAUAAAACAAAAUAUAUAUUGAUUAAUAUUAAAACUCCGAAUUUCGUAAAUAUUCCUAACUAAAGAAUAUUGUCAGUUCAUUAAUAUGAAUUAUAUUAAGAAAAUAUAUUUUUACCUAAAUUAAAAAAUAGUGAUAUUGUUUAAUAUAUUAUUAUAGCUGAUAAAGGUAUAUCGACACUAAUGCAUACUUUACACGAAUAUAUUAAGAGUAUCUAUACCAAUAUAAUAAAGCUGAAGAGUUUGUUUGUUUGUUUGAACGCGCUAAUCUCAGGAACUACUGGUCCGAUUUGAAAUAUUCUCUCACUGUUAGAUAGCACAUUUAUCGAGGAAGGCUAUAGGCUAUAUAUUAUCCCCAUAUUCCUACGGGAACGGGAACCACGCGGGUGAAACCGCGCGGCGUCAGCUAGUAUAAUAUAAAUGAUUUUUGUUCAUAUCUACUCAUAUAUUUGCUGACAAUGACGGCUUCAGUUUCAUAUAAAAGGCUACAACAACCUAGAACCAAAGACAAUGGUCUAUAAUAGAAUCCGUUUUCUUUUUUUUUCUAUAAUGAACAAUAUUUUUUUGUAUAGAGUACCUCUAUGUAAAAAAUACAGUGUAAUGUAAAAGAAAAAUAUAUGAAAAAUAUGUAUAAUGUAUGUAACUAUAACUAUAUUUAUGUAAGAGUGCUUUAGUUUGACAGACGUGUCUUCAUUUUUAAUAAAUUGUCAUUGUACUAUUAUUAAUUAUUAUAUAUAAAUUUUCGAGACUUGGUCGCUAACUAUGGGCCUCAUAAGAAGGCUCAGAGUCACACAGCGGGCGAUGGAACGAGCUAUGUUAGGAGUAUCUCUGCGUGAUCGAAUCAGAAAUGAGGAGAUCCGCAGAUGUACCAAAGUCACCGACAUAGCUCAACGAGUUGCGAAGCUGAAGUGGCAAUGGGCGGGGCACAUAGUGCGAAGAGCCGAUGGACGUUGGGGUCCCAAAGUGCUGGAAUGGCGACCCCGCACUAGUAAGCGCAGUGUUGGCCGACCCCCCACCAGGUGGACUGACGACAUCAAGCGAGUCGCAGGCGUUCGCUGGAUGCAGGCGGCUCAGUAUCGUGAUGUUUGGAAGUCCCUACAAAAGGCCUAUGUCCUGCAGUGCACGUCCAUCGGCUGAUAUGAUGAUGAUGAUGAUAUAUAAAUUUAAUUAUUAUUAUUAAUAAUAGUACAAUAGCACAGUAGUUAUAUUAUUAUUAUUAUUAUUAAAUAAAUAUGAUUAUAUCGACCGGCUAUAAAAUAAACAGUCACGUGAAAACUAAAACUUUGAUAUUCGCCUAUUUACUAAUAAAUUGUCUAUUAUAUUUGUAUACUAGCGGACGCCGGCGACUUCGUCCGCGUGUAAUUCGAUGUAAACUUUCAACUAACCCUACCCUACACCGACCUUACCCUACCCCAAAUUUUUUAUGUCAUAAGAACAAUGACAAUGUAAAACACAUUAAAAAAAAUAGUGAAAUCGAUCCAGCCGUUCACGCGUGAUGGCGUGACCAAGGGAUAUAUGGAUUCAUUUAUAUAUAUAUGUAUAUAUUGUCCAAGUUUGUCUUAAGUAUAAAACGUAAUCUUUUGAUAUUUUUUACAGAUUUUUUUUCCAUUUUUAUAUCAUGAGGAAUCAUAUCUCCACUAGGCAGACCUUUAGCUUAGUGACAAACCUUCGUUAGAGACUUAAAAAUUAUUUAAGAAAAAAUUCAAUUCAAUGUGGUAGAGGAAACACCUCGAGCAGGUCCCAGGACUUGUGAACUUGAUAGUAGGUUUAAGGGAUCCAACACUCACCUUCCCUGCCCGACAUGCUCUCCGUGACAGAAAAGAAUUUAUGAUAUUGCACAAAAUCACUAACGCGACUGGCAGCGUGACGGCGUUUACGCUGCCUAACAAACAACUGGGUUCAAGUCAUGAAAUAUCCUCUUAUUUAUACCAACACUGAUACCUCCCCUCUACAAUAACCUAAAUAAUGAAUUUUAAUACCACUUGUAAUCGAAGAACUUGUAACAAUUAAUCAAGAAGGUCUUCACAACGACUGACUGUUUCACACAAAACAUAACUUUCCUGUUAAGAUAUAUUUAAAGUUUUAGUUUUGCGGUAUUGACCAUUUAUAUUUUUAAUUGCACGGUCGAUAUAAGGACAUCCGCUGACUUUUAUCGCUCGCACCAAUGUUUACUUGAAUGAGUUAAGUUCAUGUUCAUACAUUGAAGAAAAAUUGUCACAUCAAAUUAUUUCUAUAUCUGUUUUUUUUAACAUGUAUUCUAAAAUUUAAAAUUAUAUAAAAAAAAAUUAGUAUUACAUUCUAAAAAGUCAGGAUUUUAUUUUUUAUUGUCAUUUUAAAGUGGGGAUAUAAUGAAUUCAUUCUGUUUACUAAUACAAUAUAAAUUGAUCUUUUUAACGAAAAAUUUUUAUGCCUUUUUCAGCUGUGUAGAAAAUUUUUGGUCUUUGUGUAUAGAAGAAACCCAAUAUUGUUCUUAGUUUUAAUGUAAGUGAAAUAACGUGUAAUUAAGUUUUAUGGCAUAAUUUUGAUCAUAAAUUGAUUAAUUCUGUAUUUUUUUUUGGUAAAAUACGGGCUACAGAUCUUCAGUUUUAUCUAAUCUAAAUUUAAAACAAAAAAUUUUGUAGCCCACAUUAGUCAGGGAGAUAAGAAAAGCUACAGGUUGCCCAUACUGUUGUUUUGUAACGCCGAACUAUACUCAGAGGCACAAUUAUCCGCCCACUUUAAUAUACUCGCGUCAUAUUAAAGAGGGCGGAUAAUUGUGCCUCUGAGUAUAAUAUUGUGCGGUGCGGUGCGGUGUCAGUGAGCGAUGUCCUUUAUGUAGAUACGAAGUAAUACUGUUCCUCUCAUAUUAUGUCCAACAUAGGUUUAUAUGUAAGCGAUUUGUUUUUAUCAAAUACUCGAGGGUGUUUUUUUCUAUUGAUUUAUUUUUAACGAAUAUUGAAUAAGUAUUUUUUUUUUGAGAAACAUAACAUGUUAUAAAGGAUUGCAAUGAAAUAGGAACGUACGUCUUUUUUUGCAGUGGGUUUUGCAAACUUAAUUGUAAUUGGACUUUCAAGUAUCUAAAAUUUUCAUAUGUUUAUGUGUAUACAGAACUUAUGUCUUAAUGUUAUAUUACAUAAUUUAUGUUAUAUUAUAACACAUAAAUUAUGUCGACAUGUUAUAUAACAAAAUUAUUGUAAUAUAACAAAAAUAUUAAAAAAGAUUAUGAUGUAAAUUCAAGAUAAAUGCUGAUUUAUAAAUUUGGAAAAAAACACAAAUAGUAUGUUUGAUAAAAAUUUACCUUUUUCAAAGCGUAUUUAGAUACUGCAAUCGAACACAUUCUAAAUAUCGACAUAAUAUUUUUUUUUUCUCUUCUCUUUGACUAAUUCUAAUUUUCAAAUGAAAUUGUAACCAUAAAAUUGACUUUUGUUUGGCAUUUUUGACAUUUUACAGUGACAUGUUAUGACAUUAAACCAUGUUAAAAUGAGUUUUAUAACAUGUUAUAUUAUGCUAUUUCAUGAGUAAUCAUGACAUGUGCAGAAAAAUAUACAUAAUGUUGUGUUACUCAAUAUUCGUGUAAAAAAUAAAUUGAUAACAAAAUAUUCACUGUGAAAUUAAUUUAAUAUAUUAUUAUCAUUAUUUAGUUAUAUUAAAUAGUAAUAAUAUGGCUGAAUUUAGUUUUUAAGAUAGCUUUAAAAUGUUUUUUUUUUUUCAUUUUCAAACAAUUUUUAUUUACAUGAAUGAUAGUGUAAUUUAGAUUAUAGAAAAUGAAUUUUCGAUUAAUUUUCUAGAUUUUGUAUAGUAUUAUGAAAAUUGAUUCAACACAUUUAGUUAUUUAUAGAUUAGAUUUAUUUAUAUAUAUUUACAUCUAUUCCGAUAUUGUUAACUAUAACAUCAAAUUGAAUUAAUUUUAGGAUUAAUAAAUAAUUAAAAAGAGAUUCGUUAAUUUUAUAAGUGUUUCGAGGCAAUCUUUAGUAAUUUAGGAGUUUAAUUUUUAAAUGUAAUUGUAAUUAAAUAUAGUUGUUGUUUCAAAUCAAAAUAAUCAACCAUGAAUUUGAAAAUAUGCAAACCGUCCAACUAAUUUGGUUUGGUGUUUCUUUUUUUCUUGUAUAUAAAAUUAAAUGAGAAAACUUAUUGAUUUCACUAAAAAUGGCGCCGAAAAGCGAAAAAAGAUUAAAUCAAAUAUUACAAAAAUGCGUCUUUUUCCGUAGACAGAGAAGUAAAUAGACAACUAAUUUGCGUGCAUUUGUAAGUCAAAAAAUAGUUAAUUUUGACAUCUCAACUCGCGAAACUGAAGCAUUACAAUUUUAUUUUAUAUAUAAUAUGUAUUUAUAUAUUUUUUUCAUUACUUUACUUUUUUUUGCUAAACGCUCAUCAUAUAAAGUUUGAUUUAAUUUUUCUUUUACGCGAAUCGGUGCAAACGACCCACCCCAUUUAAAUUAAAUGAAAAGUAAAUGAAAAAAAAAGUGUAUAUAUAAAUAACUAAAUACAUUUAUGAAUUAUGAUAUAAACUAAAUGAUAUUUAAAUUAAAACACACUAUAAUUAUAUUUUUUACUCUGUCCAACUUCCAAUUGGAUGUGUCGUACCAAAUUGUCAUUGUAAAAAUAAUUUAUUGGUUAAGUUUUGCAGGCCGCUUGGGAAAACUUUUUGACAGUUGCAAUUUUGACAGUCGGCGGAUUUUUACUGACGUAGAAUGACAAAAAGUCGGCGUUUGUCAGACACUUUCUUGUUUGCAACCUUAGCGUGCGGAUUUAUAGCUUGGCAAAUUCGUUUGUAACACUCCCGAUGGGCGCGGGCCGGGAGGGGGGUAGCGAUGCACCGCGCGCAUGACGUCACACCCGCAGAGUCGUUUCCCCCUGUCGCCCGCAUAUCAUGAGAGUGUCAUCUACGAACUUGCCUUGCUAUAGUGUUGUACUUGUCGGACAAACGCCGACAAAAAGUCUGUUUAUAUCUUGAAAUUUUUUAAUCUUUUUUGAGCGUUUUUAUGCAAAAUAAACCCGGUGAGGGGGAAUUUUGUUUAAUUAAUCUUUGAAAUCGUCAAUUUUCUGUGGAAAGUCAAUAUUGCAUCAACAAAUAAAGUAACUCAUGUUUGCCUGUUUAUAAUAUUAUAUUAUUUUUUUAUUAUUAAUUUUUAUUGUUGACUCAUAGGUUAAUGAUUUGUUUAUUUAUUAUAUACAUAUCGAACGCUUGUGGUUUUGUGCGUAAAGUGUUUUUUUUUUAUAAUUUUUUUCGUCGAUAUAUUGGGUGUGAGUGAUGCUAGUUUAAUUAACUAUCAGAAUUUUAUUAGAUGUCGGCUUCUAAUGUACAGCCUAGGCGGACAUUCGCUGGUUAAUUCAACAAGAUAGCUGAAAUAUAAGUCAGGGAUCCGUAGAAUUUUUUUUACAAGUGAUUACUAUCAAGUUAAUUUUUGUGAGUAGCUUCAUCUCAAUGAGACAAUCAACUUUUAUAUUCACGAAAAUUCUUGGUUCUGGUAGCUAACUGAGUUACCAGGAAAUAAUGUACCACGUUAGGACAUUGUGGCUGUUAAGUUGUGUAACUAUUAUUUAAUCAACAUUAAAAAAAACAGCUGGAAUUUUCGUAGAUAAAAAAGAUUUUUUUUAAUCGUAUAAAGUUGAUUGUCUCAUUGAGAUGAAGCUACUCAAUGAAAAUUAACUUGAUAGUAAUCAGUUGUAAAAAAUCUUCUACGGAUCUCUGACUAUAUGUUCUGGGUUGAACUAUGAAACGUUGAAUUUUUUUUUUGUCAACACUCGUAACUAAUAACAUAAUUUACUCGAAAGUAAUAUUGUAAUUUGUUAAAACGUUUCAAAAAAAUCUUAUCCAAACAAGAAACAUUUUUGCUCUAAAAAAAUAUUUUUAAUGAAAUUUUAAUAAAACGCCUUCAAAACGGCAAGCGUUGGUGUGUGUUUAAUUUUUUGUAAAUUCGUAAUCGUAUGGAUUUCUGUGUUUUUGAGUACUUUGUCUGUAAAAGUAUUAAACAAACAGGUAACAGGUAUGAAAAGAAUGACCCUAAAACAUGGCUGCACUCAAUGAUGUUAAAUACUGUUAGAUGUGUUACCAGCGCAUGAGAAAUGAGGCGCUCAAAAGAGGAAAUUUAUAGUCAGUUGUGGUCAACAGCGAACGUUAUUAUUUAAACAAAUAAUACCUAAAUAUCGUCUACAAUGUCGAGUUGUGUGUUCAGGAAGUGUAAAAACUAUAUAUACAUAUAUAUAUAAUGUAAUUAAAGGCAAAAUUGUGCACGUGGUCGCUCAGUGUUGUAGCCUAUUAUUGGGAUCACUUUUUGCGGUGAUUUUGUAGGGACGUAACCGAUCUAUAGUAUAAAAUUAUCAUUGGUUGCACCAUAUUUUUUUUGAAAAUGUGACGGACGGACAGUGUUUUAUAAAUACAGAAAUAAACAUUACGAAUUGUCUUCGAAUGAGCUGGAGUUCAAAAUGGCGGUGUAACAAACGCAAAUUUUUAGUUGUUCACUUCGUCAAUUUAUAUUUAAAUUUUGCCUCUAAAGCGAUAGUUUGUCUAUAAACUAACAUUAAGCAGAACAAAUCAUUUUACUGUCCAAAUUGUUGUUUUUUUGUGAGUGUAUUUGUUGUCCUUUGUAAUUGAUCGAUUCGUUACUGCUUUAAAAUCAAAAUGCCGCCAUUUUGAUUCUAGUUUUAUUAUUUUUUGCCUAAUUUUGUUAGCUAAUUUUUUAUUCACUCAUUAUUUCUAGAAUACCCAUUAUAUUUAGUAAGCGAAGUCGCGAUGUAAUUGUAUGUUUUGUUGUUGCAAGGAAGCGAUCUGACGUACUGACCCGUUAAAUUAUAUUAAUAUACAUAAUAUACUGUAUAACAAUGUUUAAUUUAAAUUCAUGUUAUAUAACAUGUUUAAUUAAAAAUUGUUACAUCAUUAUUAUACAUGGCAGCAAAAAAAUCGAGCAUCAGUCAACAAUAGACAUAGACACAGUUUGAAUGUGAUGAUGAAUAAAAAAUUUAAACUAGGUUUAAAUAUGCCAUAAAAUAAUAGUCCUACAUUUUUUUUAAAUUUCGUACAUUUUUACACAAUCGAGUUUAAUUAAAACUAUAGACUUAGACACCGUUUGAAUGUGAUGACGUGUAAAAAAAGUAUUAGUCAGUUCAUACUCUCGUCAGUCAGUUAAUAAAUCUAGAAGAAAAAUAACAUUUUGUUUAGAAUAACUAAAAAUACAAUGAAACGAUGAAACAUAGAAAACUGGUGCCUUGAUCUUUUUGCUCCCAAGUGUAUUUUAUAUUUCUUUAUAUAUAUUUUUUAAUAUUUUGUUUCUUUCUGAUUUUUUUUAUUUUUAUUGAAAAUUUUAUUUCAAACCCAAUAUAAUAAACAUGUCCUAUAUUUUAAAAUGAGUUUUGGAAUAUAUAUAUUUUAUUGUUUUUUUUAAAUAUAUUUAAAUAUUUGAUAUAGUUUUUAUCAUUUGCAAUAUGACGUUUUUUUUUUCAGAUUUUUCACUUUGUAAAGAUACGUUGUUUCGUCAGACCGGGUUAGCUGACUUUGUUUGCAAAUAAGUAACGAAAUAUUACUACUAUCUGUUAGGCGAAUUUAAAAAUAAAAGAUAUAAUCAUUA